AGUGAUAUUCGAAGUCAGUGAGGAGUGAGAGGAUCAAUUACGAUUGAAUGCUCGUGCGCCACCGAACGGACGGAAAAGAGGCAUUCAGAUUUGACAAAAAUUACCCCGAGCCUUUCGUCGGAGGGAAUUCCUCAAUUUCGAUUUCCACCGCGCAGAGACUCAAAGAGCCAUGGACGACGAACUUCGACGCAGGCAGAUCGAGGAAGAGAUGACUCGCUUCGAGCUGGAGAUGUCUCAAGUCCAGCAAGCCUUGCAACCGCCGCCAGCUCCGCCGGCAGUGAUGUUCAUUCCCCCUCAAAUGCAUCGCGCAGCUCCCAUUCGACCUCCUCCUAUUCCUCCGAUGAUGAUGCCGAGACCGCCAAUGCCGAUGCACCCCAUGUCAAUGAGCCAUUCGCACCAUCCAAGUCCUUCCACGAUCUCCGCGCCUCCAGUGAAGGUCUACAGUGCGCCUCCGAAGAAAGCCAAGGAUCUCGCCAACGAUGAGAUCAUGAAAGCUCUCAAGAAGGCUGAAGCGGAGCUCAAGGAAGCGAAGAAGAACAAGAUUGUGCCCGCCGAGACGGUGGUCGUCUCUACUCAGAAAGUACCAACCACAUUACCCGUUCCGGCGGCGACAUCGCAGCCCUCCACGUCGCCGGCAGUCCGGGAGGAGAAGAAGCCUAAAAAGCUUAUCCGGAUGGCUGGACAGCAAGUUUGGGAAGACAAUUCGCUAGUGGAAUGGGAUCCCGAUGAUUUCCGUAUCUUCUGCGGUGAUUUAGGUAAUGACGUGACGGACGAAAUGCUCACGAGAGUAUUCUCAAAAUAUCCAACCUUCACUAAAGCGAAAGUCAUCCGGGACAAACGAACCAACAAGAGCAAAGGUUACGGAUUCGUCAGUUUCAAGGAGCCCCAAGGUUUCAUCAAAGCGAUGCGCGAACUCAAUGGAAAAUAUGUGGGCAGUCGACCGAUCAAGUUGCGGAAGAGCACAUGGAACGAGCGUAACAUGGAUGUGGUGAAGAAGAAGGUCAAGGAGAAACAGAAACUAGGCCUGCUUUGA